AUGGAGUCUCUUACCAUCGAGUUCGCGCCUUUUCCUCGUCUUCCCGCUGAAUUGCGACUCAAGAUAUGGAAAUCGGUAACGAGGCCUUCUCGCGUGAUCGGUAUCCUGCCUCCAGCCUCCGAUUGGUAUCGCCAUCAUUUUCGCUUUAUCGGGCCUCGAGCAGGCAGGAUGGCCGACGAACAGAGGCAGCAAUAUCACUACCGAUAUAUCGUGCAGCCCAAGGAAUACGCGAUAUUCCCACUGCUUCACGCAAAUCGCGAAGCCCGGGCUAUUUGGCUGCCUCAUUUUUUCCAGCCUCCUCACUUUUGCCACAUGUCCGGUCUUGAUAUACGCUUCGAUACCCCGUUUAUUAGCUACGACACGGACAUCUUCACCGUCUUCGACGGAUGGCCUUCAACUGGCAUCCCCGAUGGAUUCCUGAACCCGCACCUGGCCAAUGCGGAUGAUGAGCCCGUAGAUGGCUUCAUUGCCCUCGAUCGGAACCGAAUCCAGAACGUGGCGCUCUGUGAGAUUCCCGGAGAUAUCAAGCCAUACACAACCGCGGUCGCCAUCCGAACUCUACCAAGCGUAAAGACGUUGACCAUAUUAGCUCUGGGUCCUGAUGCAAACUGGAAGCCUGAACCUUUGGCUUCUGCGGGGAGCGGCGGAGACUUGACUUAUAGCUUGCCAGUGCACGAGAUGCUGGCAGUGGAUGCGCAGCGCAUGAACGCAGAGAUAUAUGAUUUGCCUUUGAAGCUUGUUGAGGCAAGCCCAUUCUUCAACGACGCUAGGCUGCGGCAAGGUGUGGCCCUGUCACCCAACAUUCGGCCACUACGUCGCUACAGGACAUUCUUGCUAUCUUUGCUUUGGCAUGAGCUCAGGGGAGAGAAUGCGGCAGAAGCAGUCACGGCAUCUUGGUGGGAUUAUAUGGAGUAUCUCUUUGGUAGCGGUGUCAGGUCGAAUGACGCAAAAUGCCCUCUGAUGCUGCGUGGCUGUGGUGCUGACGGCCAUACCAGGCGAGAGAUGAUGAGAUGGAAGCCUAUGUUCGAGGUCAACUACAAACUUCUAGCUGCAGUUGAGUGGCGGGCUGAGCUGGAACGUAUUGGAGUCGCUAAGUCCUGA